GUACUCGCCGUGCAGUCGGCCUGUCGGUGUCCGCCGCGCCGGGUGCGCGCACGCAGCCUCCUACCCUCCACACCAAAGCCCGACGGGUGAACGACUCCCCGAAAACUAUGCGCAUGAGUCGCCUCACCGCCGCAGUAUUGUAUCCUCUGGUCGCGCCCUCCGCGUCGGUCCCGUUACGCGGAAGUAUCAGAACUGGCGAAGCUUCGCGUGCACAACGUUUCUGCUCCGUCGGACGUUUCCUAUAAUUGUAAAACUAGGGGUUGUGCGCUAGUAAACCGCGUCGCUGUUACCAUGACGGCGAGCGUUGUCUCGACAGCAUCCACAGCGGGUGCGGUUGCUCCGGGCCCGGCGGCCGACGAGUCCGCCAUGAAAGGCGUCGAAGCAACGCCCGAGGAGCAAGAACGGCUAGCCACCGGAAACAACAAUGGAUCCCUCGACACAAAACUGCCGCCGGAGGCGCAGAGAGCGCUGCCGCGGUCGGCCUUCUACUCGACAAGGGUGUUCAUGCUGGUGUUCCUGUCCGGCUGGGUGCUGCAGGGCAUGUUCCUCACAUACUUCGUGAGCGUGACGACGACACUCGAAAAAACUAUAAAAGUGGAAUCGAAGACUACGGGGACGCUGUUAGCGGCAACCGAGAUCGGCCAGAUAUGCACGGCGUUGUUCCUGACGUACCUGGCGGGGCGCGGGCACCGGCCGCGAUGGAUCGCGUGCAUGAUGUUGGUGCUGGCGGUGGGCGUGAUCGGGUGCGUGUUGCCGCACCUGCUGUACGGCACCGAGCUGCUCAACGUGCACAUGGUGGGGCACACGUCGGGUGCCGCGCCCGUCUGCAACCUCUACAACAACAUGACGUUCUGCGACCGCGCGCAGCAGAUCAACACGGAGACGCGCUCUUCCAUCACGGCGGUGGUGAUCCCGUGGCUGUUCGUGUGCCUGCUGGUGGUGGGCGUGGGCCAGACUGGUAUCGCUACGCUCGGCAUACCGUACGUCGACGACAACGUUGGCAGCAGACAGUCGCCGCUCUAUAUGGCCAUUACGAUCGGCAUCAGGGUGAUCGGGCCGGCGCUGGGCUUCCUGCUGGGCGCGUUCUGCACCAGGAUCUACGUGAACCCUCUCGGCGACCCCGGCUUCGACUUCAACGAUCCCAAAUGGGUUGGGGCGUGGUGGCUUGGCAUGGUGUUCAUAGCCGGUUUUGUGGUGUUACUGUCCACGCUGAUGUUCUUCUUCCCGCGCCAAAUCAAACAGGAGCCGUUGCCGCCGCCACCGAUGAAGAGUAAAGAUAGACGGGAGCCCUUCUUCAAAGAUUUCUUCGCAACAAUAAAGAGACAGCUCACGAACGACAUACUGAUGUGGCGGACGGCGAGCUCGGUGCUCCACUUGAUGCCGAUCAGCGGGGUGUACAGCUUCCUGCCGAAGUACCUCGAGAAGCAGUUCCGGCUGCCGACGCACGACGCUAAUAUCGUGUCCGGAUUGGGCGGCAUCUUGGUGAUGGGUCUGGGCAUCAUCACGUCGGGCGUAGUGAUCCUGAAGCUGGUGCCGUCGGCGCGGCGCGUCGCUGCCUGGACCGCCGCCACCGCCGCCAUCUACAGCGCUGGUAUGGUGGUGUUAAUGUUCGUGAGUUGCCCUGAGAAGAGUUACCGGUUCUUCACUCCGGGGCUGGUGGGCGACAGCGUGCUCAAGUGCAGCUCCGACUGCCACUGCGACAACACUACCUUCAAUCCUGUCUGCGGACAGGACGCAUUCACAUACUUGUCGCCGUGUCAAGCGGGCUGCAUGGAGAGUAAACAGCUGGACAAUAGCACGUGGCUGUACUACAACUGCUCCUGCAUCGACAGCAACUCCCGCGGCGUUCGCGCCAUGAGCUUUUUGGAUUCAUACCACCUGUACAAUACAUCAGACGAUAUCCUGUCCGGUCCGGAAGGUUUCGCGGUGACGGGCGAGUGCGGCGGUCCCUGCAACCAAAUCUACAUAUUUAUAGCGAUAUUCGCCGCCAUUAUGUUCGUACACGCCAGCGGAGAAGUGGGCGCCGUGCUGUUGAUCAUACGGUGCACGGACAAGCACGACAAGGCGAUGGCGAUGGGCGUGAUCCAGUUCGCGAUCGGCGUGUUCGGCAACGUGCCGUGCCCGAUCGUGUUCGGCGCGGCCGUGGACGCGGCGUGCCGCGCGCGCGACGCGGCGUGCGACGCGCUCGGCGCCACGCUCGGCGCCACGCCCGGCGCCUGCGCGCACUACGACGCCGACGCCUUCCGAUACUUCUACCUCGGUCUCUCGGCGGGAAUAAUGUUCUUAGCGUUUAUAAUGGACAUGCUCGUGUGGAGCAAGGCGGGUCGCAUCGACAUGAACCCUGGCGAGAGGGGAAGGGAACGGGGGGUACGGUUACAAUGUGGAAAUAAUGCCGCGAGGUUCGGGCCCCGGCCGAGCCGACGCCGUUGCAGAGAUGAGAUCCUCCGCGCGGCGGCGGCAUCGCCGGUGAGUGUCACCGUUGCACAACCCGCUGACGUCGGCGGCGCGGUGUCGCGCGGUGCGGCGCUGACGGCGCUGCUCUACUGUUUGUUCUAA